CCGGGGGCCGGAGCGGCAGUUGCGAGCGCGAGCGGAGAGAGGCGGCGCGAAUUGGCGGGGAGGAAGGAUGGAGGAGCUGAGUGCUGUGGGAGAGCAAGUUUUCGCAGCGGAAUGCAUCUUGAGGAAAAGACUAAGAAAGGGGAAGCUGGAGUACUUGGUGAAGUGGAGAGGAUGGUCUUCCAAACAUAAUAGCUGGGAGCCAGAAGAAAAUAUUCUUGAUCCACGACUCCUGCUGGCUUUUCAAAGGAGUCAACAAGAGAAAGAACUGCAAAAUCGUAAACGAGGCAAGAGGCCCAGAGGCAGGCCCAGAAAACAUGUGGAACAAGAAACUCCUUUUUCAUCAAAAUCGAGCAGUUCCUCUGAGGAUGACGAGGAAGAUACAGAUGAUGAUGAUGAAGAAGAGGAGAGCGAUGAUCAAACCCAGUCUACAGCCCAGAGCAACGAUCGUCGGGAAGAUUUAGACUGUAUUCCUCCAAAACGGGCACAGACGGACGUCGUCCACAGCAAAGCUGACCUGAAAGACUCCGGCAAAAAAAAACGCACCAGCAAAGUAAUUCGCAGUGACCUUCGAAAGAACGUAAAAAUUAAACCAGGAAAAGCUUUAAAAACACCUGGGAAUGAUACAAGUGGCGACUCUGGAACAGAUGAAUCAUCAAAAGAAAAACUAAGUAAACCAGACAGACCUAUAAGUGAAAAUAAUUCCAGAUCAGAGAAGAGUAACAUGGAAUCUCUUACUACAGCGGGUGGAAUGUUAAAUUCAAGCAUCUUCAAUUCAUCAAAAGCCGCUAAUCAAAGGGCAGCCUCGCAAACUGCAAACCGUGCAGGAUUAGGGCAGCAUUCUUCCAGCAUACUUUCUGCCAGUUCAAUGACACUAACUAAAUCUGCCUGUGAACAGCAGUCUGUAAAUACGCCAGUUUUAAAUCCACAAGGAGCAAAUGAGAAAAAUAAGGUUGGAUUAGUUAAAAAUCCCGGAAAUGCUAAAACUUCAAAUGAAUUGUGCAAAUCAGAAUCCGACUCAAAGAGUUUGAAUAUUCCUGGAACAAUGAAGACCAAUUCUAGUGUUUGUAGUUCAGCUAAUCCAGGAACAAAUUCUCAGAGUCUGAACAGUCAAAGCCCAAAUGCCCUCAGUCGGAAUUUGCCAGCUUCAAACUCUCAGAACGCUAACAAUUCAGGAUUAAACCUUCAUGCCUUAAACUUGCAGAGUACCAAUAAAAUGGGAUUGAAUCCCAAGAAUAUGCCUAGUCCAGCAGUGAAUGCGUCAGGUUUGACCUCGAAGAAUAACAUAAAUAAUCUGUCAUUUGUGAUUUCCAGGAACUCGGCUGACUUGAACUCUCAUGUUGUUUCCAACAAACUCUUAAGUUCACAGACUGCCACUAGCCAGGCAUCGUGUGAGAGUAGUGGAAAUGGGGUUGAGAAGGAGAAUCAGGUGAAAGAAGAUAAGGAGAUGAAGGGCACGACAGUCCAUCAUUCUGAUAACCGAGUCAGAGACAGCGACCAAAAGGAUGUUUCAUCUGAGACAUCCAAACAGAGUGGCAACGUGCCAACAGAACUGAGCACAGGUGAGGAGACACUAAGUUCUGACUCAGACCACGACUCUUCAUUUUCCAGCAUGGCUCCAAACCCAUCCAUUUCAGUGCAGACAAACCAAGACUGGAAACCAACUCGCAGCCUGAUCGAGCAUGUGUUUGUCACUGAUGUGACUGCCAACCUGGUCACAGUGACAGUGAAGGAGAGUCCAACUAGUGUGGGCUUUUUCAACAUCCGCCAUUAUUAGAGUUAUUAAGAAAAUGAACUCCAGAAGACAAACGUUAGUCUUCCACUAUAAAUCAAUUUUGUUUCAUCCUGGUCUAUGUCACCUCUUGAUUUGUUUUGAUGGCUAUAAGCACCAUUUACAAUGAUGCCCAAAUUAGGUUCUUCCAUUUCAUCAAACAGUGUUGGUGCAUUAAAUAGAUACUAGUUCCUUUGAUAGUAAAACUUGUUUUUUUUUUAAAUAGCUAACUCAAAGUUUUCAAGUCCUCUAAAUAUUAUGCCCUACAUACAUAAUUUAUGUAAAUUAAGUCCAAAUUGAAUUUCUGCAAUGGAACGUCCUUAUUUGUCUGUCUGUUUCAGUACUUUAUAAGAUGAAGGUCGAAGAAUGAAUAAUAUGAAGACAUAAAUAUGUUAAUGCCAGAGGAAUUGAAGCUUGGGGAGAUUGGUCCUGAAGAUGACUGUGGUUUAGUGACAUAUUCUGAGGGUGUAGUUAAUGAGGGAAAUAUUGUAAAUAUAGAAGGGAUGAUGAACAUGGAGAAGUAUUGUAGCUUGUUGAAACAGCUCCUGACUUUGGUUUGAUUUAUGUUCGUUUGGAAACGUAAGUUAUAUAUCCCAGAAAAAAAAUGCUUGCCUUACCUGCUGCAAAAGGGCUGGUGUGAACUGAGCUGUGGAAAGUGAAAGUAGCUGAAUGUUAACACUCUGCCAGCAGUGAAGCAGAGCAUAAUCCCUAGUUGCAUCAGUUUGGAUUAUUGCCUUUUACAAUUAAUUGUCUGCAGAAUGGGAGGCCAUUUUCCGAAUGAUUUCGGAAAAUGAGGUACAUCAGUUUGGGCAGAAGUAUAUAAUUCAACAAUCACAUUGUGGGAAAUUCAGCAGUGCAUACACAAAUGUUUCCCAUUUACUGUUACUCAUUCAAUUUGCAGAUGUUUAAUAUUGUUUUAAUUCACCGCCAUUAUAGGUUCUGUUGAAACCUAUCCUGAAGAUAUAUUUAAAAAAUCAAAAUGGCUUGAUGAUCACAUCCAGUGCAUCAAAUAAUUACGUAAUUUUAAGAUGGUUAUUUGGCAGAAUCAUUUGGCAAAUAAGUUUAAUUGUGGUGUGAGAAGUCAGCCUUUCAUUCUUUGGGCAGAUAUUUAAUUAUUCUGGAUCAUUUCAAAUGUCCCUUUAUGUUAAUUGUCUAGGUUUUAACAAAAAGUCGAUUGCAGUAAUUAUUUUCCAUAUACUUCUAGCCUAACACUGUCCCACACAUUUAUGGACUUUCACCAUGAAAAGUCAAUUAAAUAGUCCAUAUGGACAGGAAGAGGGCUUUCAGUUCUUGUAGCCUGUCCAUCAUUAUUUUAGAUUAUGAUUUAUUGAUAGCUGAAUACUAUCACUUGACUCCAUUGCCUUAUAUGUCAAUCUUAGUAAUAAAUAUGUCAGUGGGCUCUAUGUGCACCAUUUUUACUGUAUGCAGUAGAACAGUGAAGAGGAUUAAGCAUUUUGACUGCAGUGUAGAAAGUGUGUCCCUGAUUUCAUUCUUGAGUGGCCUAACUCGAAUAAGGUGGUCCAUUCUUGUAUUUAAUUCCUCCCAUCAAGCAUAACUGCCUUAUUAAACCUAUUGAUGUUUCAAUUACUUUUUCAAACUACCUCAAGUUAGAUUGCUCUUCCAUCAUCUUUACGCUGGGAAAUGCAACCCCACAUGAUGCAACUUUCUCGUAAUUUAACUCCAAGCCCAAACACCAAUCUGGUGAAUCUGUGCUGUUGUCCCCAUCCCUCCGAGAUCCUUGGCCACUAUUGAAAGCAAUUAUCCCAGAUCAGAUAUGAUUACUUAUCUGUAGAAGUGAGGUAUAAAUUGCUCCUAUUUGUUUCUAGCCCACUUGGGACAAAAGGACAAUGUUCCCUGCACCUUUCUAAUAACUACUUGGAAUUCAAUUUUUGAGAAGCUUACUCUCUAGCUAAUGGUCAAAUGGGUGAGACAUUGCUAGAUUGUGCUGACCAAGGGGAGAGAACAAAAAUGAGUGGGAAGACUAAUGUUUUCUUUUUAUUGAGGUCUUGGAUAGCUGUAGACUUGACCUGUAGCCUAACUCUCAGUAGUAGGUUCAGCAUUAACUUAAUUUUUAUAAAAUUCAAUUGUGUAUCAAAGUGCUACUGUGAAAUUGUUUUUGUACUCAAGAUUUCUGAUUUCUCAAAGGAGAAAAAUUUAGGUAAAUAAAAUGUCAUUUCAAACGGCAA